UCGAAAGAUUUGGCUUAAGUUAAAGAUUCCCACAAAGAGAAAAUAGUACCAAUGGUGGUGUACUACUGCAGAACGACAAGUAGUGAAAAGGCCUAAUAUGGCGGACGGAGAAUGAAGAUUCUGGCUCAGAGUCGCGGUAUUUCACCUAGAAUCUGUCCCGAACGGAAGAAAAAUGGUGCAGACAAGACACAGUGCAGGAGCUAGCAACGAGGACUCUCCCGAGGCAAUACUACUGACCUCCCGAAGGUCACGAAAAGCCGGACAUCGCCAGCGAACUGAGCGUGUUGUCAUCGUGAGUGAGAGUGAGGAGGAUGAAAUGCCAAUCACACGAUCCAGAAGGAGGCCGGCCCCACGCCAAGAGGACCUGGACUCGUCAGCGAGCCUGGAGAGCUGCAGCUCACCGCCACGCCUGCGUCACUCGCGGGACAGGAAGGAACGCCACCAGCGAGUGGAGAACGAAAUGUUGGAAGAUAUGGACGAAGAACCAAGAGUCCGCAGCACCCGUAGGACUCGCCAGUCGCCAGGUUAUGAUACUCACAGCCCAGGCAUGGUGAACGGGGAUGAUGGCAGUGGCAUCCGCCGAUCCACGCGGCAGCGAAGAGGCAUCUACUCCAGCCUGAGCGACUCGCUCAUCUCAUCACAUCUGUUGACAGGUGGGUUGGAUCUCCCUUCAGGAAAGCAGUCGUCUGGUAAGAGGCACCCCAGGUCUGAGAUCGAGCAGCUCAAGUCCAGCUUCCCAGAGGUACAGUUGGAUGACAAACUGGACAUGUACACCCGAGUGAAACGAGAGCGCAAGCACGUGGAGAGAGACAUGUACGGGAUGCCUGUCAAAGCUGAUGAUGAUGAUUCGGAGGAGGACUCGGAGUCUGAGGAGGAAGCAGAGGAAACUGAAGAGGACACAUCAUCAGAUGAGGAUGAGGAGGAAGAAGAGGAGGAGGAAGAAGAAGCUCGCCCAUACAGUCUCAGGAAAAAAAGGCCAAUCACACAACGCUUCGAGGUGCCAAUGGAUGAGCCUGUACGUCGGAAGCGGCAAGCCGUGGACAUGUUUGACUCGCCAGUGAAGAGACGCAGCAACAAACUCCAUCGUAGCCCUCAUAGUCCAUAUCAAAGAAGGAGACGUCGCCAUACAUUCCAUCGUAGCAGCUCCACCAGCUCGUCUGGGUCAGAUGAUGAAGAGAAGUUUGAGCGCAGGAAGGCUAAGAGCAUGGCCAGGGCCAGGAUAAGAUGUCUCCCCAUGAACAUGCUGCCUGAUGAUGUGGCCAGUGGAGUGAUCCGUGAUCGGACCAAGAUCGGAUCCAGCUUGGCAGAUGUGGAUCCCAUGAACAUUGAUCGAUCUGUAACAUUUGACAGUGUAGGUGGCCUGGGUAAACACAUACAGUCCCUGAAGGAAAUGGUCAUCUUCCCCCUCCUCUAUCCCGAAGUCUUCCAACGUUUCAACAUCACCCCGCCUCGUGGCUGUCUGUUCUAUGGGCCUCCAGGGACAGGCAAAACACUGGUGGCAAGAGCCCUGGCCAACGAGUGCAGCCAGGGUGACAAGCGGGUGGCAUUCUUCAUGAGGAAGGGUGCAGACUGCCUCAGCAAGUGGGUGGGUGAGUCAGAAAGGCAGCUCAGGCUUCUGUUCGACCAGGCAUACACCAUGCGGCCUUCUAUCAUCUUCUUUGACGAGAUUGACGGGCUGGCACCUGUCAGGUCCAGCAGACAGGACCAGAUCCACUCCUCUAUAGUGUCCACCCUGCUGGCCCUCAUGGACGGGCUGGACAGUCGCGGCGAGAUCGUGGUGAUCGGGGCAACCAACCGUAUUGACUCCAUUGACCCUGCACUGCGGAGACCCGGCAGAUUUGACAGGGAGUUCCUCUUUGGUCUGCCCGAUCAAGAGGCACGGCAUAGCAUUCUAAGAAUCCACACCAAAGAGUGGACACCUCGACUCAGUGAUGCCUUCCUGAGCGAAGCUGCAGAGAAGUGUGUGGGUUACUGUGGGGCGGACCUGAAGUCCCUGUGUACUGAGGCUGCCCUGUUUGCUCUGCGGAGGAGGUACCCACAGAUCUACUCCUCCAAGGAGAAGCUGCAGCUGGAUGUCAGCUCCAUCAAUGUCAGCGCAAAGGACUUCCACCAAGCAAUGCAGAACAUCACCCCAGCAUCUCAGCGCUCGGUGGUGUCCCCAGGACACGCCCUGAGUGGGACAAUCCAGGUGCUUCUGCAGAGCAUGCUGGACUCCAUGCUUGGUCUGCUACAGAGGUCCUUUCCACCUGCACUGGCACAAGCUGCAUCCAGCUCUGCAGCAGGUGGUACAGAUGAUGGUGACCCAGUGGCAGAAAUCCUGAACAAUGACUCGUACUCAGAUGAUGAAGGGCCCUGUAUCUUUGACACCCCCCAGAACAGGCGACGACGGAAGCAGGACGACUCAGGGCGUUUCCUCAACUUUGCCUUAUCUGCUUGCCACCGUGCAGCGACCCACCGUCCGCGGCUGCUGAUCACCGGCCAGCCUGGCAUGGGUCAGACCGCCCACCUGGCCCCUGCUGUGGUGCACCACCUGGAGAGUCUCCCUGUGUACACCAUGGACCUGCCUGCACUGUACGCUGUCAGCGUCAAGACUCCUGAGGAGUCCUGCGCUCAGAUAUUCCGUGAGGCCCGUCGCACAAGUCCCUCUGUUAUCUACGCCCCCCACAUUGACCAAUGGUGGGACAUUGUGGGUGACACACUCAGGGCAACCUUCCUCACGCUGCUAAGUGAUGUACCUCCAACUGCUCCAGUGUUGCUAUUAGCCACCAGUGAAGUGCCUCACAUGGGCCUACCAGAGCAGGUACAAGACUUGUUCCAGGCAGAGUCAGGUGAGCUGUAUGUUGUGGAGCCCCCUGGUAAUGAUGAGAGAAGAACAUAUCUGCAGCAACUCCUGCUGGAACAGGCUACCACUCCUCCUCCCAGGAAAAAGCAAGCAGUGUCCCGCAUGUUGGAGCCGCUGCCCGUUGCUCCCCCGCCCGAGCCCCGCCAGCUGUCCCAGAAGGAACUGCAGGCUAUUCACCAGUUCGAGGAGAGCAUCUUCAGGGAGCUGAGGCUGUUCCUGCGCGACGUCCUGACGAGACUGGCUCAAGACAAGCGCUUCAAGAUCUUCUGUAAUCCGGUCAACAUAGAGGAGGUGCCUGACUACUUGGAAGUCAUCAAGACCCCCAUGGACCUCUCCACCAUGAUGACCAAGAUUGACAAGCACUGCUAUGAGAACACCAGUGAGUUCAUGACGGAUCUCAACCUGGUGUGCAGCAAUGCCCUGGAGUACAACCCCGACACAAACCCAGAGGACAAGGCUAUUCGCCACCGUGCCUGCGCACUCCGGGACAUGGCCCACGUCAUCGUCACUUCUGAGCUGGACCCAGAAUUCGAGAAAACCUGUGAAGAAAUCAAGGAAUCCAGAGCAAGGCGAGGCAACAACCCACUGACCACUGCCCCAGCUUAUGUUCACACUCUGCCAAAAGCUGUGUCUUCAUCAACCCCUAACGUGAGCCAGAGCACCUCAGGAACAACCAACUAUGCUGCCAGACGCACCCUCGGCAUGGAGACACCUGGCACUGCAGCGGCUGCGAGAAAGAAGAGGAAACGCAAGUCGGCGUGGGCGCGGGGCAGCAUCGCCUCCUCCAAGAAGAAGCGGAAGAUCAACCAUGACGAGGACAAAGAGGGGGAAGAUGCUGGGAACGAAGAUUCCAAUGACACCGUCAUCACGCCAACACCCAAUGGAGAUGUCCAGAAUGGAGAUGACCAGACAGAAGAAGACAGAGACAGUGACAAGGAGAGCAUAAGAAGUGGUCCCAGUCUUGCCUCCCAUGAUGUAAACCAUCAAGAUGAUAAUGAAGACUCACAGAAUUCCUCCAUGCUCAGUCUGGAGUCGACAGAAGUAGAGAUGGACCAAUCACAGCCUUCAGACGCAAUCAACCAAUCACAGCCUUCAGACACACACGACCAAUCACAGCCUUCAGACACACACGACCAACCACCAGCCCUCCUGGGAGAGGCUGACCAAUCAGAACCACUCACAGUGGAACAAGGCCAAUCAACUACUUCAGCAAUAGAAGCCAACCAAUCCAAGCCUACCUCAGAUGAACCACCAACCUUAGAACCUGAGUGUUCUGUUUCCCUUCAAGAUGGUGAAGAAGAAAACGAUGAAAAGGAGGAAGAUGAGAAAGAUUUUAUCGUGACGCCUCGAGUGACGAGGUCCCAGACCUCCAGCCUGCCCGUACAGAAGGUGGAGAAGGUGCUGCAGGUCCUAGAGGAGCCGACCCCAGACUUUGUCGUGGACAAGGAGGGACUUGGGGCACUGUUGGAAGAAACAGUGCAGCUGACGGGUGGGUACAGUGUGGAGAGACUAGAGAGGCUGUACAGUGUGAUCGCCAGGUGUAUAUACCAGUACAGGAAAGUGUACGACAGGACACAGCUACUUCAGGAUCUAAAGAUGGAAGUCCAAAGAUUCUGUGGUGUGCCAGUCACCAAGUGUACAUAGCAAAAGAGAGUUCUGUGGUAUAACAGUUUGGAUGCAAGGAUAAGCCAACAGUGGGGGUGAAGUGGAUGCAUCAAGGUGAAACAAAUGUGACAGCAGCAUUCUUAGCACAGAAAACUUGUUUGAUGAACUGGAAAAAAAAGACUUAUUCUGAACCUAACUUAAAAACUGUUAUGUCUGCAAAUAAAAAGAAGACAUGUCACCCAAGACCUAUGAUUGGAAUGCGUCUCAAUUGUUCCCCUACACAGGUUCAGAUCUAUUUCUUUUGCACAUUAAAUUUUUGGCUGGAACAGACAAGCAAAAGAAGAACAGAGGGCAUAUUUAAAAGGACUUAAAGUUGGCUUGGUCCAGAUCAUACUGUAUCUAAACUGUUCAAAAUGUAAAAACAAAGUAUCUUAUGGUGCAAACUUGGCACAUUCCUGUAGGUAAGAAUGAACUAUAGAUAAUUAUUUGAAGUCUGUAGCAACUAUUGUAUGAGGGUGAUUUGCAUGAUUGUAAAGCGUUCAUGUGAGCUAUGGUAUGUCCACAGUAAUACCUCAAUUUGUUGAUAUUUGUUAAGGAGCUCUAAAGCAGUAACUAACUGCAUUGGGAGGGCUCUUUAUAUCAACCAGCCAAACAGGCUCUGUACUCAUUUUCAAGAAAAUAUGCUAGUACUUAUUUUUCACAUCUUGUAUUCCAAUGAGUAAUUGGUACAUGUAUAUCCAUUAUAGUUGUACCUUUGUAAUAAUGAACUAGUCUUGAUAGAACAGAACACAUUUUCCAUGGUCUUGUCCUGGAAGUAUACGUGAUAAGCAUAUCACAUCAUGGCUACACAAGGAAACCUUAACUAAAAUUACAAAAUGGGUGCUGCUGUUAUUUGACUGUUUCUCUUCAUGACAUGUAGAAAUGAUAACCUGCGCCUAAGCCAUCUCACAGGUGCCACAGUUUUGCAGAUACUGCUAUACAACUCACAGUAUAUUCUGUAUGCCAGGUCCAGUAUAGCAUAUUUUGUUAUGGACAAGAAUGGUAAAUUAUACGAAAUAUUAUGCUGGACAUUAUAAAGAUCAUUGAUAUGGCCCACGAGGACCAUAACUAUUGUUAUAUUGAAAAGUGAUUCAACAGCAAAAUAUCAGAACCUUUGGAUCUAUAUAGGGUUUUUAUUAACUUCCCGACAACACUACCACUAGAUUUUUUAUGAACACAUUGUAUGGUACAAAAAUAGCAGCAAGAAAGUUCAAACACUGACUGUACAUUUCUUGUUAUUAUGUCUUUCUUUUUUUAAAGAAUGUUAAUGGACUUUCAGAAAUAUGCAACCUUUAAAUAGCAUCUGAAGCGUUAAAUGAACUUGCGUUUGGAUCUUUGGGUGGGUUUUAUACAUUUUGUGAUCCAUUCCUGGUGCUUUCCAUGAAGUAUUUACAUAGAUUCUGAUGAACAUGGAACAACGUAACAUAUAUACAGCAUGCAUGCAUGAAUUUGUGCCCACUUCUGCAUAAUAUGUUUGUUUCAUAAAACCACUGCACAUUUGUUAUUUCUUUUCUUUACACAGUCAUGAAUGUGUAUGUGAGAGUGAUUAAGCACAAUAUGUUUUGUGGAGUGAAAUGAUGAACUGGAUGUGUGUGUUUUGAACUGCUUUACUACACAAGCCUUGGGAUCUUGAAUGGAUGAAUAUUUUGCACAUGUACAGAGCUUUGUAAAAUUGCAGUGCGCCUUUUCAUACCAUGUAAAAUUUAAAGCUAGUACCAAUUACCUCUGAGAUAAAAGUUGCUUGUAUUGUUGGGAAAAGUUCAAUAUUCCAAUAAUUGCUUUUGUUUCUUUUGAUUUCUGUUGGUUUGUUAUGUAUUGUCUUCAUAUUGAAACCCUGAAUUGUCAUAAGUGUAAUACUUGGGUUUAAUUUCACAGUUUAGUAGUGGUCUGAUAUACGGAACUUUAUUUCCUUGGUACAGCUACCUCAGGCAUCUUGUCUUGGUGAUCUUGUUCUUAUCUACACAAUGGUGCUGAUUUCAAUGCAAAUAAACCAUUUUUACUUCUG